AUGCACACUCCAUCAACCCUUAUCAACAUCUCUGUUACAUGGAGGGGGAAAAAGUUUGUUGUAGACAUGAAUUUGGAUGCCACUGUGAAGGAUCUAGGGGUGGAAUUGCAAAAAUUAACGGAUAUCAGAGAAGAUACCAUGAAGCUUAUUGUUCCACAGAUUGCUGGCAGAACAUCUAAACUGCUGGCUCCCUUUUCAACAGAGCAUGCAAUUUUAAGUUUGUGGGAAGCUUCCAUCACCGAGGCCAAGUCAAUUCUAAUGAUGGGCGUAUCAACAAAUGAGGUCGACGAAGUUCUGAAAAAUGCCGAAGCAAAUUUAAGAAUAGCAGGAUUUGAGGACGAGGAAAAGAGACUGAAACAGAAAAUUUCACAUGGACCUCGUGUUUCAUUGAAACUUCCACAAGGGCCUUAUAUAUUUUGUGAAUUCCGCACUCUUGAAAUUCCUGGAUUGAAGUUGAAUCCCCCUCCAUCCGAGGCACUGAAAAGAAUGCAUAUGCUUGCUGCUGAUCCUGGAAUUGUUGCAGUCAUGAACAAGCAUCGUUGGCGUGUGGGGAUCAUGACUGAGAUGGCUCCCAUUGGUUAUGUUGGUGUGAGCCCAAAAUGCAUUCUUGGUUUUAACAAGAAUCAUGGAGAGGAAAUAUCGUUGCGACUUCGAACUGAUGACCUCAAAGGUUUCAGGAAAUACGAAAGCAUCAAGAAAACUCUACUGCAUGAGCUUGCUCACACGAUAUACUCUGAACAUGAUGCAAACUUUUAUGCUCUGGAUAAGCAGUUAAAUCAAGAAGCUGCUAGUUUAGAUUGGACCAGAUCUGCAGGCCACACUUUGAGUGGAGUGAGGAGUUCUGAAAUCUAUGAAGAUGAUUUUAUGGCAGAGGACAGUAAUAAUAUUCCUCAGAAGCUUGGUGGUAAUAGGUCAGACCAGCUAAUGAGUGCUCGUGAAUCUUCAGUUACUGCUGCUUACUAUAGGAUGGCUAGUGUUAUCUCUAACAAGCUGGGAGAGUCCGAAGUAAAUCAAGAGCCGGACCGUGAUCAUUCCAAUGCUAACAUCAGAGAAAACCCUGAUCAUAUGGAAUCGUCCUCCGAAGAAAUUAAAAAUACUGACACACCCAUCAUUAUUGACGAAGGACUUAAUGAGCCCGACCCCGAUGAUCAAAUUAAAAAUGGAAUGAAACAUGAACCUGAUCCUGAUGAUUCUUAUCAUGAACAUUUGCAUUCUCAGACAGGUACAGUGAAUAUGGAUGCAACUUAUCCUCAUGCAAAUGAUUCAGAAACAUCGUUAAAGUCUAUUGCUCCAGCAAUUGCUGCUCAUGAUGAAUUUGGUGUAGAAAUAAAUAUGACAGCAGAACCUGAUCCUGAUGACAACGUGGUUCCCACACCAAAGUUAUCUACACUGCAGACUGAUGAGCCAGAUCCCGAUGACCAAGAACUCCAGAGGAUAAAUGGUGCCAUGACUGCUGUUUGUAACCGACUGCAGAAGGCCUUGGAGAUGCUUAAAAGUGAAGUUAGCCCAAUGCAAAGUACUUCAAUUCUCCAAACUCUCUUGAAAAUAAUUAGGAAUGUAAUUGAACAUCCUGAGAUGGAAAAAUACAAGAGAUUGCGGAAGGCUAAUCCUGUCAUUGAGAGGAAUAUUCUAACUAAUAAAGCUGCUUUGGAAAUUCUCUCUUUGGUUGGUUUCAGAGAUGAUGUUAUAUUUGAUAAUCUUGGCAAGGAAGAUACAUACUUGGUGUUGAAGCGGAAUGAUCCCGGCUUAUUGUGGCUAGCUAAGUCAACCAUUGAGUCAAGUAGUGCUUGCUAG